UACUCACUCUAUCUCAAAUUCUUAACAUCACAAAAACCAGAAAAACAGUGGUUGGUAACAGAUAACACAAACACAAAAACAUCAUCUUUCAAUCCAAAAAAUGGAACCAAACAACCACCAACCACCACAAGAUAAUGAGAAUCUGAACCAAACACCACUUCCCACCACCGUGCCGGAACCCUCAUUUCCACCAUCAAUAGCUUCAAUCUCUCUUUCUCUCUCCUCAAUUCUUCCCUUAUUUCAACCCAAAAUUCAAUCUUUAUUAUCACCACCACAACCCAAUAAGGUUAAAGUCCCAACCCAAGCUUCAUCACUCACAAAUCUUUCACUUUCAACAAAACCCAAAAACAAAACUUCAUUCAAAUCAACAUUUUCUGCAAACACUCUCAAAUCACCACUCUCUUUAAUUCCUAACAAACCCACUGACCCUUCUUCCGCCGCUGCUCUCCGCCGUGUUUCUGUUGUCUGGUUCCGUAAUGACCUCCGUGUUCAUGACAAUGAAUCUCUCAAUACUGCUAACAAUGAAUCAAUGUCUGUUUUACCUGUUUAUUGCUUUGACCCUGCUGAUUAUGGUAAAUCAUCAUCUGGGUUUGAUAAAACUGGUCCUUUUCGUGCUAGUUUUCUUAUCGAAUCGGUUUCUGAUCUUCGGAAGAAUCUUCAGGCAAGAGGGUCGGAUUUAGUUGUGAGAGUUGGGAAACCAGAGACGGUUUUGGUUGAAUUGGUGAAGGAAAUUGGUGCUGAUGCUGUUUAUGCUCAUAGAGAGGUUUCUCAUGAAGAGGUGAAAAUGGAGGAGAAGAUUGAGGGGAAGAUGAAAGAGGAGAAUGUUGAAGUUAAGUACUUUUGGGGAAGUACUUUGUAUCAUGUUGAAGAUUUGCCUUUCAAUUUGGAGGAUAUGCCUUCAAAUUAUGGUGGUUUUAGGGAUAGAGUUCAGAAAUUGGAGAUAAGGAAAACUAUUGAGGCUUUGGAUCAACUUAAGGGUCUUCCUUCUCGCGGCGAUGUUCAGAUUGGUGAUAUUCCUACUUUAAUGGACCUUGGACUUAAUCCAUCUGCCACAAUGUCACAGGAUGGGAAGCCAGGUCAUAAUACUUCUAUGGCAGGAGGGGAGACUGAAGCACUACAGAGGCUUAAAAAAUUUGCAGCUGAGUGCGAAGCUCAACCAAACAAAGGGUUUAAGGAUGGAGCACAAGAUAGUAUAUACGGUGCCAACUUUUCAUGCAAAAUUUCUCCAUGGUUGGCAAUGGGAUGCCUCUCCCCUCGCUCAAUGUAUGAUGAGCUGAAGAAAACUGCCAGCAGGGCUGUUUCUGCUUCAUCAAGCCGAAAUGACGGUGGUAAUGGCUCAUCCAAAACUGGAACUAAUUGGUUGGUGUUUGAGUUGCUAUGGAGGGACUUCUUUAGGUUUAUUACCAAAAAGUACAGUUCUACAAAGAAACAACUGGAAGCUGCUCCAGCCACUGCUUGUGUGGGUGCAAUUGCUUAAGCUACAAGUUUUAACGGAUUUAAGAGCCUGUUUCAUGAUGUCGAUUAAUUCCUCUUCACGAGUUCUGUUGUAACUAGCAAUCACAUUAUAUCAAUAUGGGAGCUUUUUACAUUAUUUUUUGGAUGGCAAAUGUUAUUCUUAAAUCAGCAUUUAGACUGCAUGGCCAUCUUUUCUAACUAGAUCUUUGGGUCCAAAAUUUAUGCCUCUUCGGCUCCUUCCCAAUGACGAUUUUUUGGGAGAAAUUCGAAAAAUGGACGGGGUUCCCAAUCCCAAAUAUUUAGUUUAGUUGUGAAGAAUAAAGGAGGUCACAAUAAUUCAGUGUGAUUUUGUUUUUAAA